UAGAACCAUCGUUGCUUCGCUUGCUUGAAUCAACACCUCUCCCUCUCUCUUCCCAUCUCUCUGCCACUGUUCUUGGCGCGCUUGGCCGAUCGAUCUGUGCUCGGUUGCUGCUGAUUAGCCAGUGACCAUGACGAAGCACGGCGCUGUGCUUGUCCCCGAGGACGCCGUCGUCGCGACCGCCGUCGCGGCGCGGCAUUUCUCGUUCCCGCCGCCGAGGAGGGGCGACUCGUGCAAGAAGCUGGCCGCACAGAUCGACCUCGGCGCCGCCGUGAUGGGGUCGUGGCUCGACUCCAUGAAGGCCUCCUCGCCAAGGCACAAGCUAAUGGCCGCCGGCGCCGGCGACGCGGAGCACGACGAGUGGAUGGAUCGGCACCCGUCGGCAUUGGGCCGGUUCGAUGCGCUUGCAGCGGCGGCGAAGGGGAAACAGAUCGCGGUGUUCCUGGACUACGACGGCACGCUGUCUCCAAUCGUGGAGGACCCCGACCGCGCCGUCAUGACCGACGAGAUGAGGGACGCGGUGCGUGGCGUGGCGGUGCACUUCCCGACGGCGAUCGUGAGCGGCCGGUGCAGGGACAAGGUGUUCGGCUUCGUGAGACUGGUAGAGCUGUAUUACGCCGGGAGCCACGGGAUGGACAUCGGAGGGCCCACCGCAGACUCCAACCUCCACACCGCGCCCGACAAGGCCAAGUCGGUGCUCUGCCAACCUGCGAGCGAGUUCUUGCCGAUGAUCGAGGAGGUCUGCGGCGCGCUGGUGGCGAAGGUGGAGUCGAUCCCGGGCGCCAAGGUGGAGAACAACAAGUUCUGCCUGUCCGUCCACUUCCGCUGCGUCGACGAGAAGAGAUGGGGCGCGCUGGCGGAGCAGGUCAGGUCCGUGCUCAAGGACUACCCCAAGCUGCGGCUCACCCAGGGCAGGAAGGUGCUGGAGGUCCGCCCCAUGAUCAAGUGGGACAAGGGCAAGGCUCUCGAGUUCCUGCUCGAGUCCCUCGGGUACGCGGAGCGCGCCGACGCCUUCCCGAUCUACAUCGGCGACGACCGCACAGACGAGGACGCGUUCAAGGUGCUGCGCAGCAGGGGACAAGGCGCUGGAAUUCUCGUGUCCAAGUUCCCCAAGGAGACCAGCGCGUCCUUCUCCCUCCGCGAGCCAGCCGAGGUCAGGGAGUUCCUGCGCAAGCUGGUCGACUCCAACAGCUGAUGAGCAGCAAGCGGCCUACGGAGGAUCGAGAUACAAAGCGAUGACAAACUCUAACUCUAGCUCCCUCUCAACAGCAGACGAGACGAGUUGUUGUAGGAUCAGCAUCUCAUUUCCAAUCCUGUUUGUAUCUUCAUUGAUUUGUUUUUUUGGUUGCUGCUGCUGCUCUAGCACCAUCGCCAUCUCUAGGCCUCGGCACGGAAGGCUUCUAUUAUCGCACCCUUCUCACGAGGCAUUAGCUGUUACCACCUUGUAUCACGAAGUAAUGGAAUCCAUUUUCAGGUUC